AAGAAAAGAUGUGGCCAUGCAUGUGGAGACAGGAUGUACCUGUAGCGGCUUGACUUCGAAGCUAUAAAAGCGGGUGACUUCACCCACGCCGGCAGUUUGCGGGGAGACGACGACUCGUGACUCCAGAUCAAGACACCGUCUUCUAGACGCCACCGACGGACACUUCAGAGACAGAAUCUUCAAUCUUCAUCUUGAUAACCAACUGCAAGUGGCCUUUUCCUGAAGCCAGACUGACUGCACACGAGAACACCAUGGAUCUCUUCAAUAGUAAAGAUCGUCCCCGGCCGUUCUACUACAACGGAGUGAAGUUCGGUCCUAUUCACAGCCCGGACGCCAUGGACAUGGUGGAAUCAUUUGAAGUAAGGGACGACGACGUCUUCAUCUCAGCUUACCUUAAAUCGGGAACAACAUGGACCCAACAGAUCGUUUCUCUGGUGUGUGCCGAAGGCGACAUCAGCGAAGUUUGUAAAGUUCCGAUCCUGCGGCGGACUCCUUGGCUAGAAACUUUGGACAUGAAGGGAACUGGCGAGCCCAUGCCGAAAGUGCUGAAGAGCGCCCCCUCUCCGCGCCUGAUGAAAACGCACCUGCCCUAUUACAUGUUACCUCGGCAAGCCAGGGACGGGAAAGGAAAGAUCAUCUAUUGUGCGAGGAACGUCAAAGAUGUGGUUGUGUCCUGGCAUAACAUGCGACUGAUGACUCAUAAUCUUCCUUGUGGAACCUGGGAAGAAAACUUCAAGGAAUUCAUCACACCAGAACAAGCUUACAACGGUUUCUGGUGGGACGUGAUCCCGGAGUACUGGCGACACAAGGACGACGGAAACAUGCUUUUCAUCAAGUAUGAGGACAUGAAGCAGGACCUACGAGGUCACGUUGUGAAGAUUGCAAACUUCCUGGGAAAGACACUGUCAGACCAGCGCGUUGACAAGGUGGUGGCCAACUGUACCUUCACUGCUAUGAAGAAGAGUCCAUCAACAAACUUCACCCGCGACCCAACCAUACAGGAGGCUUUCAGCAAGGCGAAAGGGAGUGGGAUCGAGUUUAUACGAAAGGGAGAGGUUGGUGACUGGAAGAACUGGUUCAGCGUGGAAGAGAACGAGACUCUGGAGGCGAUCCACAGGGAGAAAAUGGCGGGAACAGAUCUUACCUUCCAGUUUGAGUAGCGUCUGUUAAGCCCCUGUAACACAUUCCCGAACCGAUUUCCCGAACACCACCAAUUUUAGAAAAGGUGGGACAUUAUGUUCUCCAUGGUUUACAAAAGAGAAUUAAAACCCUUCAGACAUAGUUGUCUUCGUCAGAAAGACUAAAUUGGAAUCAUUCCGCCGUACGUAUUGUGCGUGACUGUGGAUUUACACUACCAGGUGCAUAAAUGUGAAAAUUAUGUGAAUUUUGUGCAAAAUUUCAAGGAAAUGUGAAAAAAUGUGAUAUAAUGUGAAUCCCAUCAGAAAACCCAAAAUGUGAUUAUUUUUCAAAAUGUGAAACGUCAAAUUAUUAUAUGUGAAAUAAUGCGACCGUUUGAAAAAUGUGAAUCGAUUAUGUGAAAUCACAAAACCAGAAAACGUGACAAAAAAUGUGAAUGCAAAAUGUGAGAAAAUGUGAAGAAAUGUGAAGCGGUUUUACCCCGCAAACUGCAAGGACUCAAAUGUGAAAUUUCAAAGUUCAAAUCACAUUUUUUUUCACAUAACAGGUCAGAAUGUUAUUUUAUGUGAAAGUGCUUCACGCAAUUUCACAUUUGCCGAUGUCCUAGCUGAUAAUGUGAUUUUAUGUAAAUUUUUUAAAACAGGCAACAGACUUAUUUACGCACAUUUCCAAGUUAACGAAUUAUGCAAACAGAACGGGCUUAGAAAACUUGUGUGGCUUCUCGCAUCUUCGUUUUUCGAUGUUUGCAUUUGGUGUGAACUUCAAACUUGAAUCACAUUGAGGUGUUAAUAACAUCCAAUUGGAAUAAUG